GAUAAGUCGCAGAUUGAAAAGAAGGUUCAGGAGUUGGAGAGGAUCCUCUCGGCUCUACAAAAAAAUUCGGUAAGAGCAAUUUUGUUUUCGUGUUUGUUUGUUUGUUUUUUCAUUAAUCGCAGUGAUCGAAUAAAUGCAAAAGCUCUCGAAUGUAUUGUAAUGCCUCUUUAAACUAGAUUAGUGGCUAUCAUCUCCUGAAACCAACAAUGAUUCACCGAGGAAAAAAACCGAGUCAGCGAUAUUUCCUUUGAUCAUCGAUAAAAAACUUUUACGUAUUUAAGAGCGUGUCCACAAGAGCACCGGGUAGUCGUGCUACAUGCCAACUCACCGAUUUCAGUGAAACUUUGCCAGUUUAAAGAGUCUACCCCAAAACUCAAAAAGACAAACUGGUGUCUGUUUCAGUUUUUUUCCGGGGGGAGAUAGACCACCCCCCCUGGUUUUUCUUGGUUUUCACCAAGGAAAUCGCUUCAAAAUAGGUAAAAUGUAUGAAGCUCUCACUGCGAUGGUAUUUAACCAAUUACUCUGAGGGUUUGCACACAUAUUUUUACAUCCUUAGUUAAUGUCCGCCGCAAGUAUCAGUCAAUUUGGUGGACGACUUGUCAAUCAACAAAGGCAAAUGAACGACUGUAUUUCUAGACUUUUCGAUUCAUCCAAAUAUUUGACAACUUUGAGGUCAAAUAUCUCUCCAGAAAGCUUCAACACUAAUUUAUAAACACUAGUUUACUACUUUGAAUAUUUGCUAAAAUCUGGAAAUAGGGCUCUUGUACAAAACAAAACAUUCAUUAGUCUAUAAUCUGAUCGUCUAUUAUUAUUAUCGCUCAGUUUACAAUAAGGAAACUGUAACAGGAGGGGAGAUUUUAAAGUCACAUGUCGCGUGCUUGUUGACGUACAAGUUCCCGAGUGUAACAACUUCGGCUUUUCCAUGCCGCAGAUGACGGGAAACUCUGCCCACCUUAUUUGAUAGGAAAUAACAAUAGCCCCAUAGAUUCAUUAACUGCGCCAUGUUUCCAGAAAAUAAGACUGGAAAAUGUUUUUUUCCACUUUCCACCAUCAAGAAAUUCCACGUAUAGAAAUAAUAUUUCUGGCGUGACUGCGUGACCUUUCAUGAGAAGUUAAAAUUGUUUAUCUUUUUUUUUUUCAAGAAGACACCUCUAGAAAGUUCUUAACCCUUCUGUUAUCUUAUUUUCCUGUUUUUUGACUGCAAAUAUCAUCUGCAUUUGCUAUUAUUUUCGCUGAUUGUCAUGGCCUUUCCUGCGUGUACGUGCGAGCCAGUUCACAUACAGCACUCUUUCGAUUAUCUUUGGGUGGUGUCGGGCUUAGGUGUGUAGGUCUGGCUCAAAAGAUAUCUGCACGCUGUAACACGGGUUUCUAUGUUUUCUCCUUUUUCUUAAUUUAUAUUUUUAUUGUCUUCCUUGCAUUAUCACACAUUUAUGUUUUUUUAUUCCCUCAGCGCGUUCCCUCAGAUUUGGAAGUGGGCUAUGAAAAGUCAAUAUUGACCAGAACUGAAACCCUUUUCUAUCACUACUUGUUUCAGAGAACCCCUGUUAUUUAUAACUUUAUUUCUCAAAAGAAUGUGUUUUUAUUUGCUAUAUAUUUCCAAUAGAACAUGAAACUAGGUCCCGAUAAGUUUUUUUGUUUCGUGUUUGCAAGAACGUCAAUUGAGAAAUCAAAGGCAAUUACACCUGAGAAAUUCGCUUGUAGCCCUCUACCCGUAGAGGGCAAAUCCAUGUAAUGAAACAUUCAAAGACCUCUGUAAACUAGAGAAAUUGCGUGAUGUUGAGGGGUCAAAUAUAUACACUAAAUCUGUGAUCCUCAAACGGAUCACGUACUCGUACAUGUAACGUCCGGAAAAUGUCACGCAUGUAUAACACCGUAGGCGCACCUGGCCAAUUCUACCACUAGCUUCGAUGGUAAAGAGAUAACUUAUUGACUAUUUGUAUAUGAGCAAGCUUAUUUACCCUACUUCGAAAAAUCCUUGAUGAAGUCAACUAUUGUCAGACGAAACGCGUGGGAGAUAAAUACAAGUUUUUACUUUCUCACUUCGUACAGUGAUGCUCACUAGUUUGUUCCGUCAAAAACGCUUUUAAUGUGAAGUCACGUCGACCUCAUAAUCAAUGGUUUGAUACCAUAAGUACCAAUUUAGGUACAUCAUUGGGCUUUGAUCACAAUAAUGAAAAAAAUAUCCGUUUCCUCACGCUCGUCACAUUUAUUCUUUGGAAAAUUAUUUUACUAGAGGGCGAUGUCGCUUAGCUUAGCGCGUCAUGACUCUGGCCGACGAAUAUUAUCGAGGUGAACCCCAGCUUAAAAAAAACAUUUGCAUAUAGCACAUAGCGCAUAUUGGCUUAUUCAGUGAAGACUACGAAGGCCGCGAAUUCACGAUAUGCCUCAAAUAUCGUGCACAACUUGGUGUGAGAUUCAGACCUUCGGGUUCGUAAAUGUCAGUAUCCUCCUCAUAAAAAUGGGAAACAUAAAGUUGAGAGAGAGGUGAAUCUGAAGAUGGCAGAAGAAAUCAAAGCUGGUGGCGAGUCUUCCUGGUGGCAACUUGACUGUAAACCUAAUAGAACGCGUACUGUAACUGCUAUCUUAAAGUCAGCAAUGAAUAAGGAAGAAGGGCAAGAAGAGCGCUUAUCUGAACAUCAGUUUUCCUAACUAGUGAUUUGUGAUUGAGAUGAACUUUAUAUCAUAUAAUUGCCAGGGAUACGCAGGUACUGUAGAGGCGCUCACAUAAUAUAGAGGUGGGCGAUCCUCCCUCUGACUUAAGAACUGCGACAAGUUUAUGGCGCAGACCAACUGGCACAGUUUGGAGCACCUCAGGGUCUCACUAGGCUCAUCAUAUUAGAAACCUUUAGAAAACUAAUCGUAGAAGCGGGUGGUUACCAGCAACAUGCAAAGAUCUCUGAACGCAGGUCAUUGCGAGAACUAUACCCAAUCCAUCACAGACAGUACAAGAAAGCGAGAUAUUCUUGCUAAAAGGAAGGAUGUAUCAAGACGUUUCGGUCAUUGGCUGCCAUCCAAAAGCAACCUAACGAAGACAAACACAGUGAAGCUGACAAAAAAAUCCGCCUAUGAUAAGAUCAAGAGGAAAUGGACGAAGACCGGCUUGCCAUUCUAUAGGGGAUGGCUACGUUCAAGGUCGGACCUCAGGUAAAAUUCUGACGAACAAUCUCUAACUAGCCAAGUGGACUUUGGAUGGGCUCUUUCGAAAACAAAAGACAGCUACCUUUUCUCAGGAAGCAAAGAAUUAUCUCCUAGACGUGUGCUGGAGGAAACUAGUAAGGCAACCUCCUCUAAUGUGACUUCGCAAAUAUCGAGUUUAAGAGACGACACCAGCCAGAAAUGUUGUCUAAGACUGACCGGUUGAUAGAGCAGCAAAUUGCUCGAUACUUCAGCCGGUUAUCUGCCGUAACAAAAAUUGGUUUAUUGACGAGGUCCCCCUCUGUAAAUAUGAAUAAGAAUGAAGAGGCCGAUGCCGAUGAUAUAGCUUCAGAAGUCGAAACUGACCGAACAAGGCAGAAGAUUAGGAGGGACCUUGCAAAAUUUAGACGAAGACUGCAGGAGAGGGUACAGCUGCUAUUAAGCUGAAAAAAAAAAAAGACAUUUGCAUCUCACUUUUCUUUCAUAUUUAUUGUCUUUGCUCACGAAAACAACUGACUAUGCCUUGGGAUUUCAUCAAGGGAAAUUUGCAGGAAGCCUACUGGUCAAAAUACUGCUGGCUCAUUCUUAAUAAAUUUUAUAAGUCACGCAAUUAAACGCCGCCAACACUCGAUCUAGAGAGAUGUAGAUUCAUAUGUAGUGAUAGAAUGUUUGAAAAGAUAGGCAGAUAUUUUACGAUAGAAGCAUGCAAAUCAUCAUAUAGAUCUGCAGAUUAUUCUGAAAUUGUUAUCUAGCAGACAGCAUGAACAACGCGCUUGAAUAAUUCCUACGGAGAGUCUUCGGGUCACGGAACAGAUGUUAGCUUAAUGGAGUUCUGCAUGGAAAUGUGACAACGAAAACUCUAUUUUAAUUUUAUUUUCGGGAUAGAAGCACAGUUUUUAGUCUGAUAGAACUGUUGAUAUUUUCUCUCAAGCAAGAGCGCAGAAUUUCUCCUCUGUAAAAGCCGAAGUUGUAGCACACUGGAACUUGUUGUAAUGUCAAACAACACGCAGCAUGUGACUUUAAAAUCUCCUAAAAUGAGCAAUAAUGAUGAUAAACAAUCAAAUUAUAGACUAAUGAAUGUUUUGUGCCGUACAAAAGCCAUAUUUGCUGAUUUUAGCAAAGCUCCAAAGUAAUAAACGACUGAAGAAAGAUACGCUAAGAUUUUCUCAUUAAUUUUUGGCCUACAUGCAUCUCUCUAAACGUGAAAUUUUCCAUUCCUACAAAAAAUCUCGAACGCUGUUCACAUUUUUCACCUUUCUUGAUCAAUCAUCUUGUAUAAAGAGCUAAAAAAUGUUGGUUUAUUUUGUCAAGUGAACACCUAAAGCAAGAAUUGCGUGACAGGUGUAGUUGAGAGAAACUUGUCACAGUCGCAGAAUUUAAAAGGCGUCCAAGACAAAAAUACGGUAGUACCCAAAGAUUUUUUUGAUGAUUUUCAGGGAUGAAAUACUGGUUUAUAAAGUGUAAUUAAGAUUAAUGUUGAAGCUUUCUGGCAACGGGAGAUAUUUGACCUCAAAGUUGUCAAAUAUUUGGAUGAAUCGAAAAGUUUAAAAACAAAGUUGCAUAUUUGCCUCUGUUGAUUGACAAACCGUCAACCCUCAGAUUAAUUGGUUAAAUACCAUCGCAGUGAGAGCUUCAUACAUUUUACCUAUUUUGAAGCGAUUUCCUUGGUGAAACUAUUGAUAGUUCACCAAUCUUAAGACUUCGUAGGAGCGGUCCGAACGAUUUGGCUUGAAAUACAAACUACCUCAUUCCUUCUGUGUUCUAAGAUAUAUCGUGUCCGUCUAGAGAUUUGGAAGUCACAACCCACCUGAUCGGAUGUAACGUGUUGUCAAUUUCUACUCGAGCGAAAGCUCAUCAAGACGAUGCUAAGAGUUUAAAUAUCAUCACUUUGUCGAUUCGUGUGUUUUAGCACGCUGAAAUAAACAAAUACGUUAAAAGCAGCCAAUUAAAAUCGAGAAGCAAUUGCUAUGUUUGCGACACUUUUUUGCCACGUUCGUGCAAAGCAUGAAAAAAAAAGGUUUGGUAAAGGAUAGCUCAGCCGCCAGAAAAGUACUUGUUCAGACAAUAAUAACGUAUGUUAAUAACGCCUGUGUAAGUUUUGUGGCCGGUGGUAAAAUGUUGUUGAUGACUUCAAGCCAAACGCUUUCUGUUCGAACAAUUAUGCCAAACUCUCAGUUUAGCAAUUGUAUCGUUAAUUUCAAAAGAUUUAUAGAAUUUUCCUUUCGAAUUUUUGGAAAACUCAGAUGACCAGACUUACGCAAGUUUCGUUUGAUAGUACCUUAGGGGAAAUAAAAACCAUUUAAGUUGUAGACGCUCGCCUAAUAGUUGAAACUCUAUAUUGACACUCCAGAGUGAUGUAAUAGUAAUAUAUAUAUAUAUAUAUAUAUAUAUAUAUAUAUAUAUAUAUAUAUGUAUUUUUUUUGUUUUUUUUGUUUUUGUUUAUUUUGUUGUUGAAAAAAUUAAAAAGAAAGGUGCAAAAAAAGUCUGGGUCGGAGCCAAAAUAAUAUUAUUGCGAGCGAAAUAAUUUUUUUUCUUAACACAUAAGUUUAAAGAAAUAUUGAGAAAAAACAAACUUAAUCUUAAGUAUUUCAAACUCAACCUAAGUGCAGACUAAAAUCUCUUUUAUUGAUAGAGAUUCUUAAGAGACUAAGAGUUUCUUUCGAUGUCUAAGUUUUUUUUCGAGCUAAAGAAAUGCAGGAGAGAGAGAUUUUGCAUAACUGCGCAUGAACAGGAAAAUCUGAUCCAGAAAAUCUGUGAAUAUCGUUGUUGUUGUUGUUGUUUAUUUUUUAUUGAGUAGGUGAAAAAUACUACUGGCAGCACGAGCGUCAGAGGACCACCUGGAGUCAACGGUACUAAAGGUGACAUUGGACCUGCCGGACCUGCCGGACCUGCCGGACCUCCAGGAUAUAAUGGCACAAAGGGGCCGGACAUUGGACUUGCCGGACCUGCUGGACCUGCCGGACCUCCCGGACCUCCGGGAUAUAAUGGUACUCAGGGCCCUGCAGGACCGUCUGGACUACCUGGUGUUCAGGGUCUUCGUGGACCAUCUGGGUUCAAUGGUACCCAGGGUCCACCUGGACCCGGGGCCAGUUCCUGCGUUUUUAAGACUUUAUCUAGCCCUGGCAUGUCAGCAGCCUCAAUCGCCCGACAAGAAAUUACAGCGACGGAACAAAACGUAUGUUGAGUUGAAGAUUGUGAAUGUUGAUUGAUUCUGACAAAAAAAAUGUAUUAUUGAAAAGUGCUUUACGACAUAUUAACACUUGAGACAAUAUUUACCGGUCCAAGGAGUUGUCUAACUGUCGUACAGCCUCACUAAGAGUUAUAAAGUUGAGUUAUUACUUUCUAACCAUAGACCGCAUCGAUUUUGAAAAUCAAAGCUAAUUUCCUCUCUUUUAAGUCUCAAAUCUCCAUCAUCAUGAAACAAAAGAAAAGAAAACCUUUAACAACUUGUUUCGAAAUUCAGCACGAACUCUUUGGAAAAGUUCAUUUUGCCGCCAAAUGUAAGAUGUAGUCUUUUUUUUUUUUUGGACAGUUUCAUACCUUUCAGUGUAUCUACGGUUAUUUCUUUAAUCCCACACAGAGCAAUGACAUCCUCGGCCUGACAUGGAACAAAAAGCGUUUGAAAAUAUCAGUUUUUCAAAAUAUUCGGUACGCCGGGUUUAGGACUCUGUAUCUUGCCCUAUGAGUGACAACGAAAAUCGAUUUUACACGAACGACCCGCCCGCUGAGGGAACCAGUAAUCCAGCGUAUAUGGCCAGUAUUAGAAAAUACGUGGAUUUUUCUCUUCUUACGUUCCUAGACGUAUAGGCUGUAUUUGUGAUAUCCGAUUUCAGCAUGGAAAACUCACAGUAAGAAGUGUCCAGAUUGUAGACGUCGGCUUUCGCGACGUCGUGUGUGCACCCCCAUUGAGAAGGAAAGAGAUAUUUUGCUCAUCCACAUUUCGAACUCUUGACGUAGUUUUUCAUUAUCAUCAGUAUCAUAUUAUUAUCUUUUUUUCCUGCCAGGGUAAAAUCUUUAUUGGCGUAAACUGUGAUACAAACGACGCGAAAGUUGCUAAAUUAACUAGCUCCCACUCAGGUGGAAAGAGAACCUACAAGUGCUAUUGCGAAGGUACCCUAACAAGUGGAGAAGCAAAGAUGUAUUGCAACAUGCACUACUGGGAGUGUAAGUCAUAA